AAGUCUGGCAUCACAGAGUUCUAUCUCCUGGGCCUCUCAGAUGACCCUGAACUCCAGCCAAUCCUCUUUGGGCUGUUCCUGUCAGUGUACCUGAUCACCAUGCUUGGAAAUCUGCUCAUCAUCCUGGCCGUCAGCUCUGACCCCCACCUCCACACUCCCAUGUACUUCUUCCUCUCCACCCUCUCCUUGGCUGACAUCGGCUUCACCUCCACCACCGUCCCCAAGAUGCUGGUGGACAUCCAGAGUCACAGCAGGGCCAUCUCCUAUAGUGGGUGCCUGACUCAGAUGUCCUUUUUUAUGCUUUUCGGUUGUUUGGACAGUCUGCUCCUGACCGUGAUGGCUUAUGACCGCUUUGUGGCCAUCUGUCACCCCCUGCAUUAUAUAGCCAUUAUGGAUCCUCUACGUUGUGGCUCCCUGGUUGUGGUGUCUGUUCUAAUCAGCUUGCUGGUGUCCCAGUUGCAUAAUUCCAUGGUCUUACAGCUCACUUACUUCAGGAAGGCCGCCAUUUCUCACUUCUUCUGUGACCCUUCUCAGCUCCUCAGCCUCGCCUGUUCAGACCCCUUCACUGAUGACCUUGCCAUGUAUUUUGUGGGUGCAAUGUCUGGCUUCUUUCCUAUUUUGGGAAUCCUUUUUUCUUACUCUAGAAUAGUUUUGUCCAUACUCAAUGUGUCAUCACCAGGUGGGAGGUAUAAAGCUUUCUCCACUUGUGGGUCUCAUCUGUGCAUGGUGUGCUUGUUUUACAGCACAGGACUGGGGGUGUACCUCAGUUCGGCAGUGUCAGUGUCUCCUAGGAGGGGGGCAAUGGCCUCUGUUGCAUAUACAGUGGUCACUCCCAUGCUCAAUCCAUUCAUCUACAGCCUCAGAAACAGGGACAUCAAGUGGGCCAUGAGGAGACUGCUGAGGAAGGUCUAA